AAACAAUAACAACGUCCAAAGUGCCAAAGUGGUGCUGGGACCGAUGGGACAGACAGUCCCUGGAUGGACAGUUUAACGAAAGGUUCAUCUCGGGGGAGGGGGCUUACUCGCUGCCUGGUUGGAUUCAAAUGUCAAUGGUAGGACUUGAUACGAUGGGUGGAAUACAUGGGGCUUGGGGAGACAAGUGAAACGGGACACCAACGACAUCAUCAUCAUCAUCAUCAUUAUCAUCAUGUGGGUCAACGUGAAGAACACAGCUUGGACGUUGCUCCCGUUUGUGCGGAAAUGGGCCACGCAACCCGAAAACCAGAGCAACCUGCCCAUCUAUUGCUCCAGUCAAGCCGUCAUGCAUCUCAACGUGCUCAUCGUCCAGGCCCUUUGGCCCUACCUCAAGGACAUUCUCCUCGAGCACUUCCCCGAGUGUUGUCUCAUCCUGCCCGAGGUCAGUGGCGCCGAUUUGGCCCGACUCGUGUCCGACCUUCUCCAAGCCGCGCCCCCACCCCACCCGCCAGCCUUAGAUACCCACGGUCAGAUUGUCCGAGAUUUGCACAUUCCCCUGGAUCUCUCAUGCCCCCCACCAUGGGCUCCGCCCGCCCUCUCCGCGCCUGCGGCUCCCGCUCAUCGAGUCACGCGAUCUGCCCGUCCACGCCUAUCUAAGCCCGUUCUAGCCUCGCCCCGAAGCGUGGUAUCCUCCGCCGUCGCGUCCAUGGAGGGUCUUUCCUCGGCCAAUGAGGAUACUUUCCUGCUCUCCGACGUAGAUAUCGACUCUUUGAGCGAAGAGAUUCUCAAUGAGAACUUCGCCGACCAGAACGCCCGAUUAGUCUGUCUGAUUUGCUACAAGAUUUUUGGAUCCCAAGAGCACGUCAAGUAUAAGGAACACAUGACUCAACACACGCAGCUCGAGCUCAAGCGGGUCCCGGUUCGAGCCCCGCCAAUUCGCCCCACUACGCCCCUCUCCCCGCCCCAAGGCCAUUUCGUUUGUGACACGUGCGGUCGCGCAUUGGCCACCCAAACGGCGUUGACCAAACAUCAACGAUCGCAUGCUGCCCUGCCCUCCACCUCACAUCAAUGCGAUCAGUGCCACGUCUCGUUUAUGAACCGGAAGGCGUGGCAGAGUCACCUGAAAACCGGCUUGUGCCGAGUCCAGUCACGCACCUGUGAGGUGUGUCAAAAGGUGUUGGUGGACAAGACUCGCCUGAGCAUUCACAUGCGAAUCCAUUCGGGUCACAAACCGUUCCAGUGUCCUCAUUGUGCCAAAAGAUUCUCUCAGAAACGAAGCCUGACCGAACAUGAACUCGUCCACGAGAAGAUCCGUCGUUUCAAGUGUGGCGUUUGUGACCGGAGCUUCGUCCAAAAGAACCAUUUCAAGUAUCACAUGGCCAGUGUUCACAAUCAACUUCCCGAGGGUCAAGAGAGCCCAACUCAUUCGUGUGGUCUUUGUGGGAAAUUCUUUGCUUUUCAGUUUCAGCUCAAAAAGCACGAGGAUAUCCACGUGAAGAAACUGGAAGGACACUUCCAGGCGCUCCAGGAAUUGAAUCAAUGAAAGGCGGGACGCGAUCGAGGUGUUCACAAAUACAUAUUUUAAUAGAAUAUCAACUAUCAUAUGCAUAAAAUAGCUAAUGGGUGUGAAGCACGCUUUUUUGACAAA